GGAACAGUAACAUGCUGGGUUGGUGCCAGACUGGUCUUUGCACCAGAAUGUUGAGAGUUAGUCACUAAAAUGAUGACAGAUAACUACAGUUACACUCAUGCACUGCACCAAAAAUGUGGUCAGAAGUCAAGAUAAGGUUGUCAAUAGUCAGACUUUCCACCAAAGCAUAUGCUCUAUAAAAGAGUAGCGAGACGGCCCAUUGUAAACAAGUGUACAGUAGCUGUUUGUCGCCAGCACCAUGCAGGGUCUGCACAGAAGUCUUCUACUGCUUGCUCUGACAAGUCUGGUGCAGAGCGGACACGGGAGUCAAAUCAUCGACGGGGAAGUGGUGCCGGAGAACUCAAUGCUGUACAUGGUCUCAGUGCAGAACAAGCAGGGUCAUGUGUGUGGAGGAUUUCUGGUCAGUGAAGGGUUUGUGGUCACUGCAGCGCAUUGUGACCGAGCGGAACCUACACACGUUGUUCUCGGCUCCCACGAUCUCAAGGACACAGAGAAGGUGACAUACAGGCACAUUGAACGGAGAUACAAGCCCAAUAUGUACGUGAAUGAAGGACGUGGUAAUGACAUCAUGAUCCUCAAAUUGUCUAAAAAAGCUGACAUCAACAACAGAGUGGAGACAAUUCCACUCCCAGCCUCGGAAAUGAACCUGCCAGAAAACCAGCAGUGUGUUGUGGCUGGAUGGGGAAAGACUUACACCCAUGGCUCCACUGUGCACAAGCUGAGAAUGGUGGACGUGUCCGUCCUGAGUCUGCCGGUCUGUAAGCAGAGCUGGACAAAUUUGCCUGAUAAGGUGAUCUGUGCAGGUGGAUACGGCACAACAAAAGGAUUCUGUCAGGGCGACUCAGGGGGACCCCUGGUGUGCAACGGGAUAGCGGUCGGUGUGGUGUCCUUCAACAGGAACCUGAAUUGUGACUAUCCAGAUGCACCCAAUGUCUACACUGACAUAUCCAAGCAUCUCUUAUGGAUCAACAGCAUCAUCGAACCCUGAUCGGAUCUCGUGUUUGGAAUCAGAUGUGAGGGUGACGUACUGUAGCGUCCUGUCAUAUUCUUCCAGUAGAGCUAAAAUAAAAUCAUGAUCAUGAUUUCA